AUGGUAAUCAAGCUUCAACGAUGGGCUCUAAAAUUAGAACAAGGUUCCUUCAACGUAUUUCCAGUCCUACAUGAUUUUCUUGAAACCAACGAAGUCAACAUUGAUAAAUCAACAACUACAACUAUAAGAGAUCACCUCGAAUCUUUAUCCUCCAACCUCAGGUUAUUUUUAACUAUUUAUUUUUUUAUUAAAAUAUUAAUAUUUUUUAUUAACGUUUUCACAUCCUUUUUAGGAAUUACUUCCCUAAAAUUGAAGAGGAAAUCCAGUGGAUCAGAAAUCCUUUUGAAGAAGAUUACUCGAAAUAAUUGAAAAUAUAAGCAAGUGAAGAAGAUUCGUUGAUUGAACUUUCACGUGAUCAGACUCUAAAAUCGUUUUUUAAAAGCACACCAUUAGUGCCAUUCUGGUUAAAUGUUCAGAAAGACUAUCCAACAAUCGUUAAAAUUGCACUCAGAAACUUAAUGGACUUUUCAACAACUUAUCUGUGUGAACGGGCUUUUUCUA